UUUGCCGGGCGGGGAGGGGGGGCUGAGCGAUGGCGGCUGCGGGGAAAGCCGUGUCCCUUCCCUACCCGCACCCGGGGGUGACCGGGGAGAGCAGCUUGAGCAGAGUCAGCUUUCUGGGGGCUCGGUUGCCCCCGGAGGUGGAAGCGAUGGCCAAGAGUGUUCGGGAGCUGGGCAAGGAAACCUUCCGGAAACUCCUGAAAGUCACCGUUAGCGCGUUAGAAGGAAGAGACUGCAGAGAGUCUGUGAAAAUGAUUGCCGAGAGCACCAAUCUCUCAGACGAGCAGCUCGCGAUCCUCAUCUCUGGCAUGUAUACCCUCCUCAGAGAAGCCUUGAGGCUUCCGGCUUCCUCUCUGAAAGAAGACGUUUUUAAAGAAGAUCUGAAAGAGCUUAGGAUCCCGGAAGAAUUCGUUGUGGACUUUGCCACCGUAGCCUUUGGAAAUAGGCGACCCAUUCUUGAAGCCACAAUUCAGAGUCAAGCUAACAAGUUGCCUAGAGUCGAAGAUUUCAAGUGGAGAGUGGAUGUGGCUAUUUCUACCAGCUCCUUGGCUCGUGCUUUGCAGCCGUCCAUCUUGAUGCAGAUGAAGCUUUCAGACGGGACAGCUCAUCGCUUUGAAGUACCCCUUGCAAAGUUUCAAGAACUAAGAUACAAUGUUGCCUUGAUCCUGAAGGACAUGAAUGACUUGGAGAAAAGGAGCAUUCUAAAGAUUCAGGACUGAACGUUUUCUGAUGAUUUGUCAGUACUUGAAGAAGUCAAGGGAGCCACAGAAAGCAUAAAAUCAGGAGUCCUGGCUGUGUAAUUAUGUGUAUUGUACCAUAACGUUUUUGAAACCUGCUGUAAAUAUUUUUUUUCCUUUCUUUUCAUGUGUUGAAAGCUGUUGUUGGGUUGUUUUCUUUGUUGGUUUUCUUCUGGUCCUACAUAUAAAUGAAAAUGGCAUUACCCCUGCUGAUGAGCACUUCUGUAUGAUUCAGCAAAACGUUUUUAUAAAUAACCCUCCCUAUAGAUGCUAA